AUGCACUCGAAGAGCUUACUUUUCGCCGGCUUAUUCCCAUUCACUGGGGCGAUGUACUUAUUUCUCGUCAUGCCACUGGCGACGUGUUUCGCGUUUCCCCAGGAUUUACCUUCCAAUGUGAACCCGUUGAAGCCGAAAGAUUACGCGUUUUUGGUUAAGAAGACGUGGUUCGCGAUGAAGCGGAAUAACUUUAAAGUGGAGGGAAAAGAUUUAUAA